GCUAGCCUACUUGAAGCAUCCGGGACGAACUCGGUAGUAGACAUGGCGGGUAUCAACCUGGCUAAAUGACGAAAUAAAUUUUGUUUGCUAAUAUAAGAACGUGUUAAUUUCGUAGGAAAGUGUUGAUACUGAAAGACUAAUUAAGUUAUAUUGGAUUAGGACAAAAAUGCAGAAUGUUGGACAGUCUGAAAACCGUAAUAUCGAUAAGGUGAAUGUGCAACUUGAUGUGGUAAAAUCGUCCACUCCUCAGAGUUCGGCUUCGAGUCCGGCCAAAUCUGAAACCGAAACGUAUUCAGGUGCGCCUGCCAAAUACAUGACGGACUCUUCUGAAAGCGAGGAUGACUCUGUAUCCGAGGCGGAGAUGGAGGAAGAAGGCGGAGGUAUGGAGUCAUCUAAGUUCCUACUAUCCCACGACGACCCGGAGCGGGCUGUCGACCCUGAGAUGCAGGCGAGACUUGAGGCACUCCUUGAAGCAGCAGGCAUCGGCAAGCUGUCGGGCGAGGGCAAACACCUGGCGGAUCCGGAGGUGCUCCGGAGACUGACGUCGUCGGUGUCGUGCGCGCUCGACGAGGCGGCGGCGGCGCUCACGCGCAUGCGCAGCGACCAGCCGCCGCCCCACCACCGCCACCACCACCAGGACAAGCCCACCCAAUGCGGUUCAACGGCAACGGGAACGACGCCAACAACGACGACGAGCGCGGAAGGCGCGCCGUCGCUGGCGGAGGCUUGUUCGGACGGCGAUGUGGGCACGGUCCGCAAGCUCCUCACGGAGGGCCGCUCGGUGCACGAGACCACGGAGGAGGGCGAGUCGCUCCUGUCCCUUGCAUGCUCCGCGGGCUAUUAUGAGCUCGCGCAGGUGCUGCUAGCCAUGCAUGCCAGUGUUGAAGACCGGGGGAUCAAGGGCGACUGCACGCCCCUGAUGGAGGCGGCGAGCGCGGGGCACGUGGACAUCGUGCGGCUGCUGGUGGCGCACGGCGCGGACGUGAACGCCGUGUCGGGCUCCGGCAACACGCCGCUCAUGUACGCCUGCGCCGGCGGCCACGAGGAGUGCGUGUCCGCGCUGCUCGACAACGGCGCCAACGUCGAGGACCACAACGAGAACGGACACACGCCGCUCAUGGAGGCCGCAUCCGCUGGCCACGUGGGCGUCGCCAAGAUCCUCCUAAAGCAUGGUGCCGGCAUCAACACCCACUCGAACGAGUUCAAAGAGUCCGCGCUAACGCUCGCCUGCUACAAGGGCCACCUCGACAUGGUGCGGUUCCUGCUGGCCGCGGGCGCCGACCGCGAGCACAAGACCGACGAGAUGCACACGGCGCUGAUGGAGGCCAGUAUGGACGGCCACGUCGAGGUCGCGAGGCUGCUGCUCGACUCGGGUGCACAGGUGAACAUGCCCACGGACAGCUUCGAGUCGCCACUGACGCUAGCGGCGUGCGGCGGGCACGUGGAGCUGGCCAUGCUGCUGCUGGAGCGCGGCGCCAACAUCGAGGAGGUCAACGACGAGGGCUACACGCCGCUCAUGGAGGCCGCGAGGGAGGGUCACGAGGAGAUGGUAGCACUACUGCUCGGGCAGGGCGCCGCCAUCAACGCGCAGACGGACGAGACACAGGAGACGGCUUUAACGCUCGCGUGCUGCGGCGGCUUCCUAGAGGUCGCCGACUUCCUCAUCAAGGCGGGCGCCGACGCCGAGCUCGGCGCCUCUACACCUCUUAUGGAAGCCAGCCAGGAGGGGCACCUCGAGCUCGUGCGGUACCUGCUGAACGCGGGCGCGGACGUGCACGCCCAGACGCAGACGGGCGACACGGCGCUGACGUACGCGUGCGAGAACGGGCACACGGACGUGGCCGACCUGCUGCUGCGCGCCGGCGCCGAGCUCGAGCACGAGAGCGAGGGCGGCCGCACGCCGCUCAUGAAGGCGUGCCGCGCCGGACACGUCUGCACCGUGCAGUUCCUAGUGGGCAAGGGCGCCGACGUUAACCGUGUGACGGCGAACGGCGACCACACCCCCCUCUCCCUGGCCUGCGCGGGCGGGCACGCGGACGUGGUGAAGUUCCUGCUGGCGUGCGACGCGGAUCCGUUCCGCAAGCUCAAGGACAACUCCACCACGCUCAUCGAGGCGGCCAAGGGCGGCCACACCGCCGUAGUGCAGCUGCUGCUCGACUACCCGCACUCCGUCAUGCUCUCCAGGAGCGAGACAGGUGAUUGUGUGAGUGGUGCCGGCGUCGGCGCCGCCAGCGGGGCCGCGGAGGACGGCAGCGGGCUGAGCGCGGCGCAGGCGGCGGCGCUGGGCCUGCAGCACGCGCCCGCGCCCGGCGCGCCCGCCGCGCGCGCGCUGCUGCCCCAGCUGCCCCCGCACCCCCCGCACCCCCCGCACGUCGCCCACCCCGCGCACCCGCCGCACCCCGCCCACCCCGCGCAGUUGCCGCAGCUGCCGCCCGAGAUGGCCGCCGAUCCCGUCAUGGCCCACGCCUACAUAGAAGGUUGGCGCAUGUCGGCGAAAUGUGACGGCACCGGCGCCCCGGCCGGCGCGGGCGCGGGCGCGGGGGCGGCGGGGGCGGCGGCGGGCGCGGGCGGCAAGCACAAGUGCGCGCGCAAGCAGCGCGCCGCGCCGCCCCACCCCGACCACCACCUGCCGCCGCCGCCCGACAUCCCGGACGACCCGAGGACGACUGAAGCGCUGGCGAGUCAGGCCCGCAACGAAUCACUGCCAGAGACUGAAAGGAGCCUGCUCGAAUUAGCCGAUAACCACGGUCCCCCGACGCUUGCGACGUCGGCGCUCCACGCGUUGGACCUACAGUUCUGCGCGCAAGGUGUGACGACCGUGUACCGGCCCACCACGCCACCCUACCCGCCACCGCAGCAAAUAUUCCCCACGCAGCAGCUCGCGCCUAACCUUACCCAGAGCGAUCCAAUACAAGAACGGCCGCGAAUGAAGCCGACGCGUAAAUGUACCAAGUUUGGUUGCAAGUUUCUUCGCAUGGACGCGCUCAGAAAGCUCGGGCAACAUAUUACUGAACAACAGCAACUACAGGAGUUACAACAACAACAGCUCCAACAGUUGGCAGCGCAGCAGGUCCAACAACAACAGCAGCAACAACAAACGCAGCAACAGCAGCAAACGCAGCAGCAGCCACAACAGACGCAGCAGAAGAAACAGCAGCAACCCCAACAGCCCCAACCCCUUCAGCAGUAUUCGCAGGAACUGCAGAGGCCUGAAGCGUAUGCGCCACAGGCGGGCGCGGAAGGCUGCGGCGCGGUGGAGGCGCGCGAGCUGGGCGCGGUGCUGGCCUACCUGCAGCGCGAGGUGCCCUCGCUCGUGGCGCUGCCGCCCAACGAGCUGCGCUCGCUGGUGCUGCAGGUUAUGCAGCAGAAGUCGCACGAGAUCUUCUCGAGCAAGUGCGCGGAGGUGGAGGAGGAGGGCGAGGAGCGGCAGGCGCGGCAGCUGCUCGCCGUGGCCGAGCAGGCGCUCGGCGCCGACUGGGCCAGGCCCCACCACCACCACCACGGCGACCAGGCGGUCAGCAACGGUUGCCAGUACCGUGUGCGCGGCAUCUCGCCGCUGGACCCCACGCUGGAGCACGAGCCGGCGGAGCGCGAGCCGCAGUUCCCCCAGCCCGCGCACCCGCCCCAGCCCGCCGACGACUACCGGUCGGCGACGUUCGUGCCGCCGCACACGCCCGCGGUGACGCAACCCACGCAACCCCAACCCGCCCAACCCCACUCUAAGCGGGAGCACCCCACCGCUGGAGUUAAGAAAAAGGGUCGAUUCUCGGGCGGGUCCCGGGCGCGCGGCGGCGACGCGUUCGGCACGGCCACGCCGCCGCAGCCCGCGCCGGCCGCCUACUCCGCCAUGGACGUGGACGGCGAGACCGACUCCAACCACGACACCGCGCUCACGCUCGCGUGCGCCGGCGGACACGAGGACCUCGUCGAGCUGCUGCUCAGCCGCGGCGCCGACAUCGAGCACCGUGACAAGAAGGGCUUCACUCCUCUCAUCCUAGCGGCGACCGCGGGACACGAGAAGAUCGUGGAGAUCCUCCUGAACCACGGCGCGGACAUCGAGGCGCAGUCGGAGCGGACGAAGGACACGCCGCUGUCGCUGGCGUGCUCGGGCGGCCGCUACGAGGUGGUGGAGCUCAUCCUGAGUCGCGGCGCCAACAAGGAGCACAGGAACGUCUCCGACUACACCCCCCUCUCGCUGGCCGCGUCCGGCGGCUACGUUAACAUCAUCAGGCUGCUCUUACACCACCAGGCGGAGAUAAACUCCCGCACCGGCUCUAAGCUCGGCAUCUCACCGCUGAUGUUGGCGGCGAUGAACGGGCACACGGCGGCCGUGCGCCUACUGCUGGACUGCGGCUCCGACAUCAACGCGCAGAUCGAGACCAACCGCAACACCGCGCUCACGCUCGCUUGCUUCCAAGGGCGGCACGAGGUCGUGAGCCUGCUCCUAGACCGCAAGGCGAACGUGGAGCACCGCGCGAAGACGGGUCUGACGCCGCUGAUGGAGGCGGCCAGCGGCGGCUACGUGGAGGUGGGCCGCGUGCUGCUGGACAAGGGCGCCGACGUCAACGCGCCGCCCGUGCCUUCCUCGCGCGACACCGCGCUCACCAUCGCCGCCGACAAGGGCCACACCAAGUUCGUCGAGCUUCUUCUGCAGAGGCGAGCGGCGGUGGAAGUGAAAAACAAGAAAGGCAACUCCCCCCUCUGGUUGGCCGCUAACGGCGGUCACCUCGCCGUCGUCGAAAUGCUAUACGCGGCCGGCGCGGACAUCGACUCACAAGACAAUAGAAAGGUAUCGUGCCUGAUGGCCGCCUUCCGAAAGGGUCACACUAAAGUGGUCAAAUGGAUGGUCGGUGUCGUCACGCAGUUCCCCUCUGACCAGGAAAUGACGAGGUACAUCUGCACAAUAUCAGACAAGGAGCUGUUAGAGAAAUGCCAAGAGUGCGUGCGCGCGAUCCGCGCGGCGAAGGAGACGCAGGCGGCGCGCGCCAACCAGAACGCGACCAUCCUGCUGGAGGAGCUCGACGCCGAGCGCUGCCGCGAGGAGUCGCGCCGCCAGGCCGCCCAGCGCCGCCGCGAGCGCAAGAAGAAGAAGAAGAUGGAGAAGAAGGUCACCAUCAUGGAGGAACGGCGCAAGCUCCAAGCGGAAAACGACAAGAACUCCUUAUACUCUGAGAAGGCACUGGGCGAGUGCUCCGAGGGCGGCGAGCCCGACGACGAGCCGCAGGCCAAGGAAGAGGGCGACUCCGGCAUCGACGCCAACUCGCAGGGCUCAUGCUCCUCCUCGGACGUGAAGGCGCCGCCGGCCCCGAGCGCCAAGACCAAGAAGAAGAGGAAAGACGAGAAAGCGCCCCCGCCCGCCCCGCCCGCCAAACAACCCGACAAAACGAAACCGAAGCAAAUAGAGAGUAAACCAGAAAAAGAGAGCACUCCUAAACCAGACAAGAAACAGGAGAAGGAAAAUGUCGCUCCCAGCCCGCCCGCCACGCCGGUCAAGCCGGCGCUGCUGCCUGAGCGGCGGCCGCCCGAGAAAAAGGACAAAAAACCCGAAGAGGAUAUCCCUAAGAGCAUAACAGUACAGAACGUAAACAAAUAUGGCAGUAGCUCUAGAAAGAGUCAAGUGUUCGAAUCCUCGCGGUUUACCGCCGAGAAAGAGGACAGUGACCCGACUGACAAAAACAAAAAGACGCACGCCACGCACCAAUGGGAGUUGGAGGGCAAGAGUACGUCGCCAAAAGGCGGGUGCGUGGGCGGCCGGCGAGAGGAAGGAUGGAAAGAGGUCGUGCGCAAGUCGAGCGUGCAGACCCUUUCUACCGUCGAGCCAGGAUGCAAGAAAGUAUCUGUCGGCGCGCAUGCCAUCUCGCGAGUGAUCGGCCGCGCCGGCAGCAACAUCAACGCCAUCCGCGCCGCCACCGGCGCGCACAUCGAGGUCGACAAGCAGGGCAAGGGCCAGGGCGAGCGCAUCAUCACCAUCAAGGGUUCAGCGGAAGCGACGAAGCAGGCGGCGAGCCUGAUAGCGGCGAUGAUCCGCGACCCCGAAGCCGACAUCGCGGCGCUGCUGCCGCGCGCCAAGCUGCCCGCGCCGCAGCCGCCGCCGCUGCAGCCCAAGCAGCCCAAACAGGCGCCGCCUAAGCAGCAACCGAGCGCCGUGCCCCUGGCCCGCGCGACGCCGACCGCGCGCGCGCCCUGCAAGCCCACGCCCCGCGCGCAGGCUCUCCGCCUCACUACGCACGCAGCGUCACUGGUCGAGAAGCGCGCCACAGCCGCAGCGACGGCGACCGCGACGCCGGUGAAGUCGUCGCUGUCGUACACGGGCGCCAUCGUGGGCACACGCAACACUUUCGCGGCCAAGCUCACCGCGCCGCCCGCACCCGCUCCGCCAAUGCCCACACCCGAACCUAAGGCCCGCCCCAAACCGCAGACGAGCACGCCGCCGUCGAGCGCGCCGCCGCCGCCCGCCGCGUCGCCGCUGCGCGCGCGCGACUCGCCGCCCGCGCGCCCCGACGACGACAAGCGCGUGCCCGACGUGCCGCAGCUAAGCCCAGAAGCUCCAAGCCAGUGGAGCGAUGAAAACACUGCCAACCCUAACUCUGCACUGCACAUUAAUACGACGCCACAGUCUCGCUGCGGCAGCGGCAGCGGCAGCGGCACGGGCCCGGGCGCGCAGGAGUACUCGCUGUUCAAGGACCUGUCCGCGGGCGCCGGCGCCGGCGGCAUGUGGGGCGCCGGCGACGCGCACGACGCGCCGCACCCGCACCAGCAGGUGUACCGCGAGCAGGUAGACGUGAGCAAGGCGCCGGGCUACCGCGGCGCGGCGCCGGGCGGCUGCUCGCCGUGCUCGCGCACCUCCUCGCACGGCUCCACGCCGCCGCCCGCCUACCAGCCGCCGCAGCCGCCCUUCCACCAGCCGCUGCCCAUCGGCCCGCUCCCGCCCAUCUCGCUCAAUAACAGUGUGAAUACGAUGGACAUGAGUGGAUUAUCUCGAAACGGACCUAUCUAUCAAGACAAUUCUAGGAAUGGACACAACAUGAUGGUGUCAAUGGGCGGCGGGCUGGGGCUGGCAGGCGUGGCCGGCGUGGCGGGGGUGGCGGGGGUGGCCGGCGUGGCGGGCGUGGCGGUGGGCGAGGUGUCGCGCCUCAACCCGCGCGCGCCCGACUUCGCGCAGCGCGCGCCGCACAUGGCCGCGCACCAGCACGCGCCGCUCCACCCGCACGCCAUGCACCACAACAAGCACCAGCAGCAGCAGCUGUUUGCGGGUGCCAGUGGCGCGGGCGCUAACCUCAGCACGCUGCUCAUGUACCAGCCGCAGCAGGCCGCGCCCAAGCCCAUGCACACGCCGCAACCUCACCUACAGUACCAGUCCCUAUUGGAGCGUGGUGUGGGAGUAGCGGCGGGAGGCUGGGGCGAGGAGGAGGAGCGCAAGCCGCGGCCGAUCGGCACCGAGCGCGCGUGGAAGCUCACCGCCGACUCCGACUGGCACCACCCGCACCACAUGCCCGAUCACGACCGAUACCAGCAGGGUGCCGGGGGCAUGAGCGGCGCGGCGCACGGCGCGCACGGGGCGCACGGCGCGCACGGGGCGCACGGCGCGCACGGGCUGGAGUACGGCGCGGGCGCGGGCGCGGGCGCCACGGCGGCGGCGCUGUCGCUCAUGCACGCGCUGCCGCUGCACUACCUGCCCGCCGCGCCCGACCCGCGCCCCUGGGACCACGCGCCGCCCACGCAGCCGCAGGCGCACGCCGACAAGCAGGUACCUACUGCCCGUCAGUACGGCGCGGGCGCCACGGCGGCGGCGCUGUCGCUCAUG